AAAUAUAAAGCUUAUUCACAGUAAAUUUACGUUUAUAUAAUAUUUUGAAGUUCAUAGUUUCGUUCACUAUUUUAUCUUUUUUAAUCAAAUGGCGGAAUCAAGUAAAAAAGAUGGAAGUGCACGACUUAAAAGGAAUGUUUCGAAAAUGGCAUUUAGAAGCAGAGAAAAAAUGCUUCGAACGUUUGGUGUUGGAGAAGAAACCAAAGAUGAAAUCAUAGAUAAUUACGUUCAUCUUGUAAAUAAACAACAGAAUCAAGUCAACAAGUUCCAACGAGAUAUAAAGACUUACCUCAACUCGAUCACAGCAAUGAAAACGGCGGCAAAAAUGUUUUAUGAUUCCCUUGGUGAUUUGUAUGAAGAUGAAUGGAUGGGAAAAGACAUGUUGGCUUCACUAGCAAAGACAACAGAUCUUUUGUACAAUGAUUUGCAUGCAAGACUAAGCUCUGAAGUUAUUACAGCUUUACAUGAUCAUCUUAAUCAAUGCAAUGAAAUGAAGAUAAAAGUUGGCAAGAGAGGAAGAAAACUUGUGGAUUACGACGCCUCACGUAGAAAUUUACAUACUAUGCAGAACUCAAAGAAAUUAGAAGAAUCUAAAAUAACAAAGGCACGUGAACAUGUGUUACAAACACAAUCAACAUAUGACACGUUCAACACACAACUUCAUGAUGAAUUACCAAACUUGUACGACUCACGAGUUCUACUAUGCACCGAUACAUUAAUUAAUAUUGCAACUGCAGAAAAAUCAUUUUACCUUGAAUUAGCAGAGGUUCGUACAAAACUUAUGCACGUGCUGGUAAACUUAAAGGAUGCUUUCAAUAAUGGAGAGUACAAAAUACAAAGAAUGAAUCCAAAUGUUCAAAACGAUGUUGCUCGUGCCACCAAAGAGCCAUCGAGUGACCCUGCCACUCUUCCAGCUGAUGAAGUUGAUCAUAAACGAUCACGAAAACACUCCGAUCAUGAGAGGUCACGAAAAUAUUCUGAUCAUGAAAGGUCACGAGAUGAGCCACGUUCAAGUUCACGAAGAAGCAGUGGUUCUAGAACAAAAGAACGAGAAUCUUCAUCCCGCCAACGUGAUCAUGAAAGAUCAAAAUCACAAGAUAUUAAUCAUGAGCAUUCAUAUGAAAAAUCACAUGAAGGAAAACAACGCAAGCCGCGAUCAAACAGCGAUAAAACAUCACACCAGUAUGUUAAUCUUGAGAUUGGGAAAUCUCCAGAUGGUAAAACUAAGAUAUCUGACCCUGUUAACAAUGGUGAUGGACCAUCUGUUUAUACAGAUGUUGCUAUAGAUGAGGUUCAAACCCGACCCGCGGAACCCCAAGUUUCUUCGCAAGUAAAACUUUCACCAAACAAAAGUUUUUCGCCAUCUGCUGAGAAAUUGGAAAUAACAACCAACACUGAACAUAAUGGCAUGCCUGAUGAUAACCAAUCUAAAAGCAACACUUUUCCACGUCAAGUUAAUGAUGAUGUUGAUGCAUCAGAGAAUGGAAUGAAGCGGAGGUCGAUAUAUAGUGGAUUUCAACGAGUUGCCAUGGCAUUCUCACGCUCAAACAAAAACAAACAUGAUGGUGAUGCUGUUGGUCAAAAGUCAAAAGGUUUUUCGUUGUCAAGGAAACACAAAUCCAAACCCAGUGUAAGUGAUGAAGUAAAAGAUGCUGAUGAACUGGGAACACACCAAGUUGCAUCAAGUGAUGAACAAUCCACUUCGUAUGUUGAGAAAAGUGGAUCAUCAUCUACAAGUGAUGGCGGGAAGGUGGUCUUCGCUAUGGUGGGAGAGGAUGUGGUUGAUUCAUGUGAUGAUCAUGGUGCAGAUGAUCAAAUGAAACAUGAUCAUGAUGCAACUGUGAAUCAUGAUCAUGUGGAUCAACCAUCUGAUUGUGAAAACAACGUUAGUGAUAAUGAUGAAACUCAUGAGUUAGAUCAUGUGGAUGAUAAUGCAUCAAGUAUUCAUCCUCAUGAUGAACAUGAUAAUGAUGCUUGUAAAGAUGACUACGAGGAUCAACAUCAUGAUGAUGGUAAUCAGAACAAUAGUGGAUAUUCUAAUAAAGGCAAUGUUUCUCAAAGUUAUAAAGAAACUGAAGCUACAUUUCAUGAUCAUAGUCAUGACGUAGUAGCUCACAAUCAUAAAAAUGACAUCACUUCUCAUGUUCAUGUGGAUGAUGCUAAUGAACAUGAAAUCGCUUCUCAUGAUCACAAAGAUGAUAUCACUUUUCACGAUCGCAAAAUUGAUGCUACUUCUCAUGAUCACAAAAUUGAUGCUACUUCUCACGAUCACAAAAUUGAUGCUACUUCUCAUGAUCACAAAAUUGAUGCUACUUCUCACGAUCACAAAAUUGAUGCUACUUCUCAUGAUCACAAAAUUGAUGCUACUUCUCACGAUCACAAAAUUGAUGCUACUUCUCAUGAUCACAAAAUUGAUGCUACUUCUCACGAUCGCAAAAUUGAUGCUACUUCUCACGAUCGCAAAAUUGAUGCUACUUCUCAUGAUCACAAAGAUGAUAUCACUUCUCAUGAUCACAAAGAUAAUCCUGCAAGUGAUGAUGUGGUGGCUCAAAUUGUCAACAAACUAACGAUUAAUCAUCCAAAUGAAAAUGCGGCUCAAGGAGACUCAUGGAAAACUGAUCAUGAUGAAUCUCAUGACAAUGAUAGUGUGACCAUAAGUGAACCUAAUUCUGUAUCAUCUGGAUCCAUAGUUUAUUUAACAGAUGAAGAAAUAUCGGAUGAUGAUUCCAUAGAUAAAAGUGGUAAAGUUAAAUUGCUCCCGGAAAUACAGGAUGAAGUACCUAGUGUUGUUAAGGGUCAGAUUGAAGCAAAAAUGGAUGAGCCUCAAUAUUCUGAUGUUCCUGUUAAUAAAGAUGAUGUUGAAUCUCCAAUAUAUGAUGAACCAACAACACAAGAUCAUCAACUAGAAGACAUGAAAGAGGAACCAGCCGCAAGUGAAGUACUUCCACCUCACUUCCUAUACAAGGCACAAGCUGCAUAUCCGUACAAUGGUUCAGAUUCAGACGAACUGACUUUUGUGAAAGGAGAUCUUAUUUAUGUAGUGGAGUUCCCAGAUCCAGAUGAACAGGACGAAGGUUGGCAGAUGGGAAUAUUACAAUCAUCAUGGGAUGAAGUUGGUACUACGGCAACUAUGGGGGUUUUCCCUGAGAAUUUCACAAAGAAAAUCUGAAACUUUUUAUAAAUUUUCCCUCAUCAAGUCAACUAUGUUACAACGUGCAGACAUGCAAUUGAUUGCCCCUUUAUGGUGGUGCUUGUUUUUGAUAUUUUACAACUUUUUAAUCCUCGUUGAUUGAUAAAAUCUUCAUAAAUAUUUACAUAAUGCUCUCGUUGCCCGCAAAAUAUUAAAACUUUUUUGAUUUUUAUUAACUUCCUCAUAUAAGUAUUCACAGGUGCUAAAAUUUAAUUACACUAUUUUUGAUGCUAUUCGUUAUGUAACAAACCAAUGCCGUUUAACUUAUAUUUACAAUGUGCCAUUAAUCAAAACACAGUAGCUUUUUUUAAACUAGUUUGACAAUCGUAUCAAAUUUAUGCUUGUUCAUAUUAAUUUUUAAUACCGUAACCUUUAUUACAAAUUUUGUUUGAUUUGCUUAACCGUGUGUUUUGAUUUCUAAGUUAAGGUAAUAUAACUUAAGACUGAAUAUAUUGUGAGUAUUCUAUCUGAUAAUAUGUCGCAUAUAAAAUGUUUCCGCCGGA